AUGGAGUUUUCCUUCAAGUAUAUUCCACAAAAGGCAGUCAAAGGAAGGGCGGUGGCAGAAUUUCUAGCAGACCAUCAUUCCACCAAGAUUGAUUCAGAAAUAUGUGACGAGGUGGAUAAUCUCUACCUUGAUUAUACACCUUGGACUCUCAUGUUUGAUGGAUCAAGCACUCAUGAUAGAGGAGGAGCUGGAAUAGUCAUCAUUUCACCAAAGGGGAGAAAAACCACAUUUUCUUUCUUUUUGGAUUUCAAGUGUACAAAUAACCAAGCUGAGUAUGAGGCGCUAAUUAUUGGGUUGAAAAUCCUAUUGGAGCUAAAAGUAAAGAAGGUUCAGAUUAUUGGAGAUUCAAAUUUGAUACUCAGCCAACUUUCUGAAGAAUAUAGGUGUAGCCAACUUUCUGAAGAAUAUAGACAUUUGAAUACAGAGGCUGAUGAUUUAGCACAGCUAGCUUCUAGAGUGAAAGUCCCACCGGGUGUAGAAAAAACUUUAAUCACAAUCAAAAGAAAGACUAUCCCUUCUAUAGAGUCACGGUAUGAGAUGGCAAGUCAUUUCCAAGCUGAUGAGCCAGAAAGGAUCAAGCCUGCCAAGAAAACAUGGGAGAUUUUCAAUGUUGAUAUAGAUGGUUUAGACUUGGAAGAUUGGAGAACACCAAUCAUCCAUUUCUUGUAG